AUGGAAGACAUCUGUGGUAAAUUGGAUCAGAUUUUAGAAGAAUAUCUUAAUCUAAUUUCAGAAUAUCAAGGACAAUGGAAACAAUAUAGCAAAGAAGCAGAAAGUGGAUUCUUUCAAUUAGCUCAUUCCAAGUAUAUUAUGGGUCAUAGUAGACUUUCCCAAGAUCAGUAUGAUGGAAGAAUGCAAGCUAAUACACAAGUAUUGAUUUCCCCAAAUACAGAUUCGAAAACAAAUAAAGAUAGUUGGAUUCAGUUCACUUUAAUGAGUGGACAUUUGGAUGAUUCAAUGAAUGCAGAAAAUAAUAUGUCAUCAUCAUCCUUACGCCGACGUGCUACACAUGAAUUUGAAAAAAAAGAAAAAAGUGAUAUGGAAAAUAACGAAAAGCCAUUAAUUAAACGAAGGACAACGGAUCCAUUAAAUUGGUUUGGAGUCUUGGUUCCACCAUCUCUGAGAGAAUCUCAAAGACAUUUUAAACAAGGGUUAACAAGUAUAAUUAAUAUUAUAAAUUUACGUAAUGAGAUCAUUAAUAAAGAAGCCGAAUAUCAAGUAUUAAAAAAAGAGAAAAAAAAAUUAAUAGAGAUAAACAAAAAAGAACAAGAAUUAAAAAAAGAGAAAGAAAAAUUAAUAGAGAUAAACAAAAAAGAACAAGAAUUAAAAAAAGAGAAAGAAAAAUUAAUAGAAACAAACAAAAAAGAACUUGAUGACAAUAAUAUAAAAUAA